AGGAAGAUGAUGGCCCGCUUUGCGGGGUGCCUGCUCGCCGUCGUGGGCCUGCGCGGUGCCACGGCGUCGUCGCCGAGAGGUGCAGCCUUCGCCAACACCGGUGCGCUGCUCCAGACUUGGAACGCUGCGCUGGAAGGCACAGGCAGUCGCGGCGCUGCCCGGGAAACCCCGGUCACCCGCGUGGUGGGCCUUCUGAAAGACAUGUCGAAGACCCUGCAGGCCGAGGCGGACGAGGACGAGAAGCUGUACGAGAAGCUGAAGUGCUGGUGCGAGAGUAACUCGUGGGAGAAGGGCAACGCGGUGGAGGCCUCCAAGGAGAAGGUCGAGCAGCUGAAGGCUGACAUCGAGAGCCUCACUGCGAAGGAGGGCGGACUCACUGCUACCAUCGCUGACGUGAAGGCCAAGACGGAGAACGACAAGAAAGCCCUUGCGGACGCCAUCGCGAUUCGCGAGAAGCAGAAGGAGGAGUUCCACGGCAUGGAGGUGGACAGCAUCCAGGCUCUCGAAAACUUAAAGGCUGCGAUCACGGUCUUGGCCAAGCACCAGGGCAUCGACAACAGCCACCCUGGGCAGAUGGAAGGGGCGUCGCUGCCGCAGCUGUCCGUGUUCUCACUCCUGGGCACGUCCGCUCGCGGCAAGAAGGGGCGGUGGUCUGCCGACCGCAACGACCAGGAGAUGGAACGCAACCUCGACGACUUCAUGCGCCGGAGGGGAUGUGGACGCGAGGGGAUGGGGGAAGACGCG